AUGUCAUUCCCACAAGAGCCCUUCCGGCUCUUCGAUACCCCGAACUAUGGGUUCCCGCCCGAAGCUUUCGACACCUCUCUUCUACCCGAUGUCAACGUCAAAUUUUUGGAUCAGGAAGACAUUCGUGCGUUCGAGCGUGCACUGCAGGCACCCGACCCUCUGCAAAGUCCUGUAGACGAGACUGCGAGCUUACGCUCGUCGCUGCGCAGUCCAUCCCCGGCCAUCACGAAGCGCAAUAGCCAGGUCGGUAGCGGACUCGAGGAGGAUGUCGGGGCUGUCGCAUCAGACGGCUUUGGACAGGAUGGAGCCCAGACGCCCACCGCACCUACCUUUAUUACCGCCCAGAACGACUGGGCCCCUGUCAACUCAAAAAUCUACAAAAACAAGCGAGGAUCCAAGCGGAGGCGGAAUGGCGCUGCGAAGGGGGCCGUCGAAGGUCUGCUGGGGACGCGGACGAAAGAUGAAACAAGAGAAGGCUACUUUUACCAACUACUGAAGUGGCCGCUGCUCUUGUUUGUCGUUGCCUGGCUUGCAGGUCUCGGCCUGGCCUACCUGUCAACGAGAUUGUACAUUUGGGUCUAUGAACAAUUCUUCACGUGGCGAGGGAAGCGACAGCAGCUCCGGAGCAAUAUGCGCCGAACCGCUAACUACAAGGACUGGGUAGCCGCUGCGAAGGAGUUGGAUGGCUACUUGGGACGGCAAGCAUGGAAGGAGGAGAACUCAUAUGCCUACUACGACCACAAGAGCGUGCGAAAGGUUUGGGAGCAGAUGCGAAAGAUGAGAGCCAAGGCAGAGGGCCUCGAGAAGGGAAAAGGUGAUGGUGGUAAAACGGUUGAUGAGCUGAGAGCUUUGAUCGAGGCCUGCGUCAAGAAUAACUUUGUUGGCGUCGAAAACGCUCGACUCUACAGCCAGACGUAUUACGGCACGAAGAAUCUGGUCCAGAACUUUGUGGACGAGACUGAGAAGAGCCUGAAGUUCAUGCUAAAGACGAAACAGUUAACCCAGGACGAGAAGCGAGAUCUCUUCAAACACGUCAAUGCAAAUUUUGGCCGCACUGCACUCUGUCUGUCUGGAGGUGCCGCCUUCGCUUACUACCAUAUUGGAGUAGCCCGAGCACUCCUAGACGCGGACCUCCUGCCCGACAUCAUCACAGGGACCAGUGGCGGGGCCUUGGUUUCGGCUCUUAUUGCGACCCGAACAAACGAGGAACUCGACAAACUGCUGGUACCUGCGCUUGCAUUCAAGAUCAAUGCCUGCGGCGAAGACUGUGUCAUCUGGUCGGCUGUGCUGGCUUCAGCUGCUGUACCCGGCAUUCUCAACCCUGUCGUUCUCAUGAUGAAGACUCGCGAUGGGACGCUAGUGCCAUACUCAUUUGGCCACAAGUGGAAGGACGGGAGCCUCCGGACAGACAUCCCGAUCAAGGCUCUCAACACUCACUUUAACGUCAACUUCACCAUUGUCAGUCAGGUGAACCCACAUAUCAACCUCUUUUUCUUCUCUUCCAGGGGCUCAGUGGGCCAUCCUGUCACCCAUCGCAAGGGCCGAGGCUGGCGGGGCGGUUAUCUCAUGUCAGCCUUUGAGCAUUACUUGAAGCUCGACAUGAACAAGUGGCUCAAGUUCAUCCGGCAUGCCGAGCUCCUGCCACGUCCUCUGGGCCAGGACUGGAGCCAGUUGUGGCUGCAGCAGUUCAGCGGUACGAUUACCAUUUGGCCCAAGUCGAUUCCUUCCGACUUCAUCCACCUCUUGACGGAUCCCGACCCGCCACGUCUCGCGCGCAUGAUCCACGAAGGAAAGCAGAGUGCAUUCCCAAAACUCAAGUUCAUUGCCAACAGGCUCAAGCAGGAGAGGCUUGUGGAACAAGGACGACGAGAGACCCGUCCGUGGAUUAGAGACCGCACUUUACAUAACAUUAUGAGUGAGGAAGAUUUGAGGAGUCUUCUGGUGGACGACAACGGCACAGGCAUGACGACGGAGGAAGACACCGAUGUUGAGGACACUGGUUUGAUAAAGGAGAACGCGAAAGGGCUAGAGAUGACAGUGCUUGAGGACAACGACAGCGACGAGGAUGCUGAGGAAUCGCAGGGGGUUGAAUGA